AUGUCAACACUACCAGAUCCUCCCGCCGACAUCGACCUUAGCGAAACAAAGGUUCCAGAACUGGUCUCGGUAUUUGUGGUCACCUGGGUGCUUGGAGUGUUAUGCGUGGGCCUGCGUGUCUUUGUCCGUCUGGUUGUGCGCCGCAACAAGCUGUGGUGGGAUGACUGGCUGGUGAUGGCUUCGUUGAUUUGGUCCGGCGCCUUCAUGUUUGAUGUUACCUGCUACAUGGUACCUCAGGGACUCGGGAAACACAUAUGGGUUGCCCCCGCCGAUGCCUUGAAAUCAUAUUUCUUGGGUCUAUUCAUCGCAGAGUGGACUUAUACGCUCAGUCUUGUUCUCGUAAAGUGUUCUAUACUUGCAUUUUACUGGCGGAUAUUCAGCGCCGAGCCGAAAACUCGCCUGUUCAUCUAUAUAAUGGCCGGUAUGGUACUAUCUUGGGGAAUUGCAGUUAUUUUAGUCACGAUCUUCCAGUGUCUGCCGGUAAAUGCAUUCUGGAUGCGUUAUGAUCUUGUCAACCCGAUGCAAGCUUCCGAGUACACCUGCGGAGUGGGGGUCAAGGAAUUCUUCAUAGGCAACGCGAUCCCGAACAUUCUCACAGAUUUCCUGAUGAUAUUGGUACCGUUGCCUUCCAUUUAUAGGCUUUACCUCCCCCGGAGCCAGAAAUACGCUAUCAUGGGAAUCUUUGUGGUCGGAUUAUUCGUCACCGCGGUGUCUAUCGUUCGACUUCAGUAUGUGCUCGCACUUGACUUGACGGCUAUCGACGCAACCUGGAACUGGUCCGACGAGAUGAUGUGGACGGGUGUGGAAACCAAUGUAGCCACAAUUUGCGCCUGCCUCCCAAAUCUCAAACCCCUCUUCAACCUCAUCAUGUUCGGGUCAUGGAAUCACAGCACAGUGCGCUCGACCAACCCCGACGGCACACCACGAAACGGACCAGCCAUAUCACUGCCUGACAGGAAAUGGCCCAGUAGUCUGCGACUCAACCCACAAGAGCAUGGGAGUAGCAAGGCAUUUGUGACCGCCCAAGGAAAGGAUGACAAGCGGCCCUUUUCGGUCCUGACCGACAACGAAUCGAAUACAUGGCGAGAGCAGGACAGUGACUUGGAGUUAACGGGUGGCAGCCUGAGGCAGGGUGGAGCUUCGGGCGUCGUGGUCACAACACAAGUAAAUAUACAUAAUUCGAAGUAG